UAUCCUGUGGAGCACCCAGACAAGUUCCUCAAAUUUGGUGUGACCCCAUCAAAAAGGGUUCUGUUCUAUGGGCCACCUGGUUGUGGUAAGACACUGCUGGCCAAAGCCAUUGCCAACGAAUGCCAGGCAAACUUCAUUUCCAUCAAGGGGCCAGAAUUGCUCACCAUGUGGUUUGGUGAGUCUGAAGCUAACGUGCGUGAGAUCUUUGACAAGGCUCGCCAAGCAGCCCCUUGUGUGCUCUUCUUUGAUGAGCUGGACUCCAUUGCAAAGGCUCGAGGUGGGAAUAUCGGAGAUGGUGGUGGUGCUGCAGACCGCGUCAUCAACCAGAUCCUGACAGAGAUGGACGGCAUGUCCACCAAGAAAAAUGUCUUCAUCAUCGGUGCCACCAACAGGCCAGACAUCAUUGACCCAGCUAUCUUGCGCCCUGGUCGCCUGGAUCAACUCAUCUACAUCCCCCUGCCUGACGAGAAGUCCCGGAUUGCUAUUCUUAAGGCCAACCUGAGGAAAUCGCCAGUUGCCAAGGAUGUUGACCUGGAUUUCCUAGCUAAGAUGACCAAUGGCUUUUCGGGGGCAGACCUGACAGAAAUUUGCCAGCGUGCCUGCAAACUGGCCAUCCGUGAGUCCAUUGAGAGUGAGAUCAGGCGAGAACGUGGGAGGCAGACCAACCCUUCCGCCGUGGAAAUGGAGGAGGACGACCCGGUUCCUGAGAUACGCAGGGUUGACUUUGAGGAGGCCGUGCUCUUUGCUCAAUGCUCUGUCAGUGACAACGACAUCAGGAAAUAUGAGGUGUUUGCACAGACUCUACAGCAGAGCCAUGGCUUUGGCAGCUUCAGGUUCCCAUCAAGUAACCAGGGUGGCGCUGGCCCGAGCCAAGGCACAGGAGGUGGCAGUGGUGGCAAUGUGUACAGUGAAGACAACGAUGAUGAUCUCUACAGUUAACUUGCUGUCCUCUGUGGACCAAACUCCAAAUCAGGCCACAUACAGGGAAAAAUCCGAUGUUGAAUGGACUCCGGCUUUUUCAUUCCUCAGUCCAGAACAGUGUAGCUGCACAUCAGACUUUGUACACGGAAUGUUUUCUGCAAACACAAAUGCAGACCAGUGUUCAGUUGAGAGGUAGAUAGUGAAUUCACAAGGAGGGGAACCAACUUGAUUUCUGAGAAAUUUCUGUUCUAGUUUGUGGCAGAAUCAGCAGCUUUAGCAAAGAGUACAAUGCUAGCUUAUAUUAAAGAUAUCCCACAAAAAUGAUAAUAAAAAAUUAAUAAAAAU